AUGUCAACACAACAGCAAACCGCAGAAAAAAGUGUUCAAACACAAGAUUUGUCUGGGUCAACAACAUUACUUGUUUCAAAUAAUCCUGUAACACAUAUUCAUACAGAAAAUACGGCUGCUGAAGUUGCAAAUACACUUGUUUCGAUGGCUACUGGACGACAACGAGCAACAACUGUGAAGCAACUGAAUGUAAUUAGCGUUCCAUCUCCAUCAACUUUACCAAUAUUAUCACUUGCUGACUAUACAACACCAAGAGGUGUUCCAACAGCCAUGGCUUUAGCCAAUCAAGCUAAACUCACGCCAACAAAACAUACUGAAAUAUUAGAAGGUGAUGAUGAUGAUGAUGAUGCUUCAAUGUCAACAGAUGAAUAUAAUCAAACACAAAAUGAUUUGAAAACUCGAACGAAAACGACACGAGGAAAACUAAACAAAACAGCAUCAACAUCAAAAAAUAAUAAACACCAAACUACAGAACCAAUUCAUUAUGGUCCAAUUGUUGUCAAACCACGAAAGAGUGUUGCACCAACACUUGCUAAUGGACGAAAAAGUAAAGAUGAACCCCUUCCACCAGAUGAAGAUGCAAGACGUAAACAACGUCGUGAUAGAAAUAAACAAGCUGCUGCUAAAUGUCGACGAAAACGAAACGAACUUCGUGAACAAUUAGAAAAAGCUGAGCAAGUAUUAAUCGAUGAACAAAAAUCUCUUGAACAUGCUGUUCAGACAUUAGCUGAUCAAAAAAAUCAAUUAGAAAUUUUAUUACAUCGCCAUGUAUGUACAAAAAAGACACGUUUACCAAUAACAACAACAACACCUGUUAAUAGUUUAAAUAUUCCUAAAUCUGAUAUAAAAACAAUUUCAACAACAACUUUAUUAGAUUCAAAUAAUAAUAAUGGAAAUAGUAAACGUGUUACUAUUAAUUUUACCAAUGCACAAGAUUUACUUGCUAUUGCACCAUUAACACGGUUAACACCAACAAUUACAACAACUGAUGGUACAUCAUCAUCGUCAUCAACUGUACCUAUGAUAACCAUUCAUAUUAUUCCAGAAGUUGCACAAGCAUUACUUGGUUCAACAUCAGUUGAUAAAGCUAAAUUAGCUGAAUUACUUCAACAAGCUAAUGCAACUAAUUCAUCGUCAAUAACAAUAGCGGAUUCCGCAUCCACAAAUACCGCGACUAAUCCUAUCCCACCAACUGAUAAUGUUGAAUUUGGUCGUAAUACAAUGUGCCAUUUUUUAUCAUCAUUCUUUCGAAGUCUUACUCGAGUAACCGAUGUUCAACAAGAGAAAUUCUUCAAUUCAAUUAAUCAAAUUGUUAUUAAUACACCAAGUGUAUUCGUUACAGAUGCUGAUAAACAACAUACACUUGAAGAUAUUCGUACAACAAAUUCUUAUUAUUUUGAUGUUUAUAUAGUUUCAUUACUUGUUUGGACAUUAUCAUCAAAAAAGUUCACUUCAAUACAAGAAAAUACUAUUGGUGUACUUGCAAAUCUCUAUGGUGAAUUAUCACUUCGUUGGCCGGUUCUCUUUCGAAUAUUUACUAAUGAACUAAUCGAUACUUUAAAUGAUACUAUAAAAUAUGAUAUUGAAUUUAUCGAAGAAGAAAUUCAUCAACCAAAACAACUUCAUCGUUUUCUUGUACCUGAACAAGUUGGUUCAUCAUUUUCAACUAAUGUCACAAUUGAACGAUGUGUUAUUGAGUUUAAUUGUUCAGAUGAUAUUAGUAGUUUUCAAAUAAAUCUAAUUUCGGUGCUUAAACAUCUUGCGAGUACAUUGUCAACAUUACUUGAUCGUCAAACAAUAUCGAUUUUAAUUGGAACAUUAUGUGAAUUAAUUCGUACUGCUGAUAUACAUGUGAAAUCGACAACAUUUUCAUUUUUUUCAUCUUUUAUUGAACAUCGUUCAUUAGGAUUAUUAAUUGGUGAUUUAAAACCCUAUGUUCAUUUUUCAAUAUCCGAUAUUAUUUUAACAAUUAUGAAUUUUAUUUAUACAGAACCAAAACAUUCGGCUCAAUUGGAACAUGAUUUUGCUCAUUUUCUUAAAAUAAUUUGUCAAAAUCAUGAUGAAGCAAUCAUGCUUUUUGCUGAACAUAUUGGUUUUGUUAUACCUCGUUUAAAAGAUUUACUUAUUCAUAUUAGUAUAGCAAGUAAAGCGGAUAUUGAAUUUCAUAUGAAUACAAGACCAUUAAGACUUUUUGGUGAAGUUCAAACAGAAAUUUAUCUUGAACAAUUUUGUAUAUGGUUAGAAAUUAUAUUUGAAUGUGGUCAACGAGAUAUUGGUACUAGUUCAUUAUUAGUUAUACAUGCAUAUGAAAUAGUUGAACAUUUAUUAGCAAAUCUUGAUGAAUGUCUAUUAGCAAAGUAUUUAAAUCAUGCAUUAGGAAAAGUUAUUAUUUGGUUGAUUCAAGAAAAGAAUCGAGCGUCACAGCAACCAUUUCGUGUACGACGAAUACGAUUAUUAAAAACUAUAUGGCAACAUUUGAAAACGACAUUAGAAAAAAGUACAUUCAAUAAUGAAGAGGAUGCUUUACAACGUGUUUUUAAUGUUUAUUGUUUAAUAACUUCUGUUUGUCAAGCAUUUAUCGGAUGUCAAAUACGUCAGAUUAAAUUAGGAUCCAUUGAAGAAAAUGAAUUUUAUUUGUCUUGGUUAACUAUCGAUGAAAUUAGUUCGAUUUAUGGUUAUCUAAUUAAUACACUUGCUUAUUUUGUUAAUAGUGUUACUGUUGGAUUGUUCUCUCUUGCUUAUGAAUAUGUUUUAGCUACAAUUGUUGCAACAUCAAUUUAUAUUUCUGAUGAAUUAGAUAUUCGUUUACGUGAAGAUACUCUAUCGAUUUUAUGUCUCUCUUGGUUAUCAUCCCUUACUGACUGGUAUGAUUUUCAACCGAUAACAGAUACAUGUAAAAUAACUAAACAACUUGCUCAAACAUUUCAAUCAAAAUUCAAUCAAAACGAUCGAUUAAUAUCUUUACAAUGUUUAGCAUUAUUUAAUUCACAAUUUUAUCCUAUACUUCGUCUUCAUAUUUUUUCUUUAUGUCUUAAUGAUAAUGAUAUAAACACACAAUUAAUGGCACUUAAAGUAUUGCCAUUAAUGCAAUAUAAUUUACAAACAACAUCUUUCUUAUCAAUAUUUUAUACGAAAUAUUGUUCGAACGAUAUUGAUGAUCAACUUAAACCAAUAGUAAUAGAUAUUUGGCGUAUGCAUCGAUGUUUAUUCGAUAUUGAUGCUAAUACUGUUCGAUUGAAAAUUCAUGAUCAUUUCAAUCAAACAAUUGUCAAUUCAUUUGAACUUAUCUGUACUUCAUGUUCAUUCUUAAAUGAUCAUGUUUAUAUUCGUUCACGAUCAUCAACAACUAGCACUAACUCAACAUUAUUUUCCUUAUCAAAUAUUCUUCCAAUAUUUCAUUUAUUUAAUCAAACAUCUAUUCCAUGCAAUUAUGUUUCUCUAAUCGAAUUUUUUCAAACAUUUGAUUCUCAUCCAUCAUUUAUUCGUCCUCUUAAUGAUCUUGAUGAAAAUUUUCUUCAACUAAAAUAUCUAGUUAAUACUUAUCUUAAUCAAAAUAAUCAAGAACGUUUAUGUUUAUUAUCUAUUAUGCCAUAUUUAUUUAAAACAAUUUUCAUUUCAAAUAAUCGUCAAUGGGAAAGUUCUCUGAAUGACAAUCUUGAUCAAUUUUUAUUUGAUACAUUAACACAAUUAAAUAAUGAUGCUAUUCGACAAACAACAAAUCAUCAUGAUGAUGAUUAUAGUCGUUUAAUACAUUUAUGUGGUUUAAUAGCACGACGUACAUGUAAUGAAGAUAUAUUUGUUUUUGUUUUAUUUAUAUUAAUAAAUGGUUUAGCAACAUCAUUUCAACAUACAUCACAAAUUGAAUUAAUGAGUAUAGCUAAAGAUGAAUAUUUACAAAGUCGUAAUCAAAUUCAAUUAAAUAAAAAUAAAAAUCUUUUAACAAUAAAUGAAAAAAUUGAUUUAACAACAAUUGUACAACAACAUACAGAUAGUUUAUAUCGUCUCAUAUCACAAUCAUUAUUAUUAAAUUCUGAACAACCAUCAGAUAUAUGUUUACGCCAUUUACAUUUAUUAUUUAGUAUGAUGCAACAAAAUGGAAGUUCAUUUAAUACAUAUUUAAAACGUAUUUUACCAGAUUUAUUACCAUGGAUUGUUGAAGAACGUUCAUUAAAUGCAAGUCGAGUUGUACAACAUAUUCGAACAGCUGUUAAAAUGUCAAAGAAAAAAGUUAUAUUUGAUGCAUUUCCAGCAAUAUAUUCACAUGUGUGGAGACAUGUACGUCUUGACAAUAGUAAAAGUUCAAAUGGAGAUUAUUCAAUAAAUCGUGUUUAUGAAGUUAAUGAAUUUAUUGAACAAGAAGCUGGUGCUGAUUUAGCUGCUGUAUUUCGUUUUGGUGGUCCACCAAUAUUUAGUAAAUUAUUACUUUAUAUAAGUACACAUCCUGACCAUGUUAUGAAAGGUUUACAAAUGGCUGUUGGUAUAUUAGAUGGAAUAACAUUAACAAUUGAUAAAGACUAUUCAAAUGUUGUUACAGAAGAAUGUGUUCAUAAAGCAUUACAAUCAAAAUUAUUGGGCAUUUUGUGUGAUUUUGAAACAGAAUUAUUAUCGAAUAGUACACCUUUACAUUCGAAAAAACGAGUAUUAUUAAGUUUAACAGAAGUAUUGAAAAUCAUGAAUUCAUCCCAAAUUGUUGCAACACGUGUAAAACUUCUUCGAUCACUUCGUCUAGCUCUCCAAUGUUCAUCAGAAUUAAGUCUAAUCGUAUUUAAUCUUUGGAAAGAAUUUAUUCAUCAUUUAAGUAGUAAUGUUGAUAUACUUUCAUCAAUGAUAUUACAAUUAAUUGCAUCAUUAUUACCAUAUCAUGAAAUAAAUAGUGAACAUUUUCAAGAAUUAAUUCUCCUUAUGUUAAAUAAUAUUUCAAAUAAUCAAAUAGCUUUACUAACAGAUGAUUUAUUACUUAUUCCACAAAUAAAUCAAAUUGAAAAGAUUCAAAUAAAAUUAAAUAAGUGUAAAAAACAAUAUACAGAAAUGCAUGAUAAUCAAUCAAAACUAAACAAUGAUGAACGUACAUUAUUAGAAAAUAAAUUUCAACGUCUGAUAACACUUUUAAAUUUUGAUAUGAUGGAUAUACGUUUACAUGCUUUAAAUAGUUUAGAAAAUUUAUUAAAAACAAAUCGUCCAUAUUUAUUACAAAUGUGUUUAUCACGUGAUACAGUUCCAUCAAUAAUAACUCGUCUUAUAUUAACAUUACUUGAACGUUCAAAUGAUACAAAUCAAAACAUACGUUUUAUUGCUAUAAAUUGUCUUGGUGAAAUAGGUGCUAUUGAUCCUGGACGAAUAGAAUUUCGUAAAUUAUAUUCAACAAUAGCAACAUCAACAUCAUUAAUUAAUCGUUUAUUAUCAAAUUCAAAUCCUGAAAUUAAUAAUGAUAAUUUAAAACGUUGUUAUUUUAAUUUAUAUUCACAAGAAUUUGCAUUAGAAUUAUUUUCUGAAUUAACACGAGCUUUUCUUGCUGCUGAUCAAGUACGACAACAAGAUACAAUAUCAUAUGCAAUACAAGAAUGUUUAAAAUUUUAUAAUUUAAAUUUAUCAGAUGAUAAUGAAAAAAUUAAAAUUAAUCAACAAUUAUGGACAAAAUUAAAUCAAGAACAACAAGAUUUAUUUAAACCUUUACGUACAUCGAAAUAUGUUUUAACUGAUGAAACAAAUUUAAAAACAAAUAAAUCACAAGAUGCAAUUUUAAAACAAUUAACUAUAAAAACAUAUGAACAAUGGUUAACACAACUUGUACCUUAUUUAAUUCAACAUUUACCAAAUAAUAAUUAUUAUCAUUUAUUUCAUUCUUGUUUAUUUGCUGUUAGAUUUAAUAGUUCUAUUGGUUCAUUUUUGUUACCCUAUAUAAUUCUUCAUUUAAUUGGUGAAAAUCUUGGUCAAGAUGUACUAGAUAAAGAAGUUAAAGCAUUAAUUUCUUACACAAAUCAAUAUGAUGCCAACGAAAUAAAUCCAUCUUCUGAUGUUCUUCAUCAAAUUGGUCAAAUUAUAUUUACUUUAAUCGAUUUUCUUCUUUUAUUUUCUUCCUUAAACACAAUCGAUCCAAAUGAACAAGCCAAACAAAUAAAUCAACGUAAACGUCAGCCACCACAACCGCAACCACAACAACAGCAAACAAAUCAAGAUCCAUUAAAUAUUCAAGAUGGUACAUGGAAUAAUUUAGGUAUAACACGCAUACGCGAUUAUAUUCGUUUAUUACAUACUGAUCUUUCUCUUGCUCCUAUUGCAUUUAAAUAUGAUCAUUAUACACGUGCAUAUCGUCAUUUUGAAAUGUAUUCAUCGAUUGAACAACAAAUAGAUGUUUCUCAUAAUAGUGAAUUUCUUUUAAAAUUAUUUCAUCGUUUAAAUGAUCCAGAUUCAGCUUAUGGUAUUAUUGCUAGACGUAAUAUGACACCAAAACAAUUAGAUAAUCCUCGAACAGAUAUUUAUGAAGAAAUUCUAUCUUAUGAAUUAACUGGACAAAUUGAUGAAGCUAUUGUUGCAUAUGAAAAUGUUUUAGAAAUGAAUGAAUUAAAUCAAACAAAUAUACAUUUAUAUUUAGGUUAUUUAAAUAAUUUAUUAACUCAACAACAAUUUCAACAUACAAUUGAUCAAUCAACUGGUAUUAUUGUUCAAUAUCCAACAUGGAUUAAUAUGUUAAAUCCAUUACGUAUUGAAGCUGCAUGGAAAUUAUCAAAAUGGAAUUUAUUAGAAAAAUUUUGUUCAUAUCAAGAUGAAAAUUUAUAUAUAAAUCAUAAUGAACAAAUAAAUGAAAGUUCAAAAAUGAAUAUUUUACAGGAUUUACAUGUUUCAAAACAAUUUGAAGAAUAUGUUGGAAAAAUUUUAUGUCAAGCUAAAAAACAAAAUCGUGAACAAUUCUAUACAGAAUUUCGUUUAGCAUUAAAUUCUUUAAUGGGUCCUAUAUCAGCAGCUAGUAUGGAAGUUGGAUCAUAUCAACGUGCAUAUGAUUAUUUAGCUAAAUUACAUUUACUUAAAGAUCUUGAAUAUUAUGUUUUAAAAAAUAUAUUUCAUGAUGAUCAUUCUAUUAUGAUUAUUGAUAAUGAUAAUAUUGAUGAUAUAUGGUCACAACGACAUGCAUUAUUACCACCAAAUAGUAAAUAUAUUGAACCAUCAUUAGCAUUAAGACGAACACUUUUAUUAUUGGAUGAUAUUAAUCAUACGAAACAACAUGCAUUAGAAAUUGGUGAAUGUUGGUUACAUAGUGCACGUAUAGCACGUGCACAAAAUAAUUCUUUAGCAGCUAUUGGAUCAUUAAUGAAAGCUAAUCAAUCACAUCCAAUUGAAGUAGCCAUUGAACGUGCACAAUGGAUGUGGGAUAAAGGAGAAAAAGAUCGAGCUAUUAUGAGUUUAAAACAAAAGAAAAUUGAAUUAUUAGAUUCAAGAACAAUCAAUGAAGGAAAUCAUAAUGAAAAUAGAUUACAAGUUUCAACUGAUUUGAAAGCACAAGUGUGGUUAUUAUUAGCUCGUUAUAGUGAACAGAAUUCUCCUCAUGAAGCCGUUUUUGAAAUGUAUAAACAAGCUCAAGAAGCAGCUCCACAUUGGGAAGAAACACAUUUUUAUUUAGCACAAUUUUAUGAUACAUUACUUUCAUCAUGUAUUGAAUCUGAUCCAACAUCAUCGAAUUCUACUGCAACAACAACAACAAAUAAUUUUCUAUCAUCUAGUGGACUUUCAUUAGAAAAUAAAUUACGUAUGAUGGAAUAUAUUCGUUUAGCUGUUAAUACAUAUUGUCGUUCAUUAAAAUAUGGUUGUGAAUUUAUCUAUCAAUCAUUAACACGUUUAUUAACAAUAUGGCUUGAUUUUGCAUCUGAUCUUGUCCCAUUUAUUAAACCAGUACCAACAACAACAUCACGUAAACAACAACCAUUAACAGUUGCAGCAACUAAUUUACCUGAUGCAGCACAAAUUAAACAAUAUGGACAAGCAAAAUUAACUGAAAUAACACGAGAAGUAUCGUCAUGGACAACACGUGUACCACCUUAUUUAUUUCUUGCUGCUUUUCCUUAUAUGGUUUCACGUAUAUGUCAUAGUGAAGAUAUGACAUCAAAAGCUUUAAAUUCCAUUAUAACCCAAGUAUUUGCUGCUUUUCCUCAACAAACAUUAUGGAUGAUGAUUAAUUUAUAUGGUUCAUCGAAUAGUAUGCGACGUGAUCGUUGUAUUGCUAUUUGGAAUGAAGCUUCGAAUAUUGAACCUGGUUUACAUGAUUUUGUUGUUGAAGCAACAGUACUUAUCAAACAACUGGAUACAUUAUGUAUGCAUGCUGUUACAUAUGGACAAAAUAAAAUAAGUUUAUCAACACAAUUUAAAUCAUUUAAACGUUCAUAUGCUAAUCAAUCAGCAUGUCCAAUUCUUAUACCAAUUCAAUCACAAAUGCAAGUUUGUUUACCACCACCACCAGUAAGAUUUUCUCUAUCGACAACAUUAGCACAUGUUCAACAACAACAAAUAAACAAUGUUGAUCUUCCAUCAGAAACAGCAGUAAAAUUAACAGCUAUGGUAAAUAAACAAGGUUCAUUAGGACGAGCAACAGCAAGAAAAACUGCACAAGUAGGAUCAACAACAACUGGAACAAAUAGAAUGCCACAAAAAAUGUAUUAUGAUGCACGACAUCAACCAUUUUCUGAUGCUGUUGUGACGAUUCAGAGUUUCGAAGAUACUAUUGAAGUAUUAUCAUCAUUACAACGACCAAAAAAAAUUGUUAUACAUGGUAGUGAUGGACAAUUAUAUCCAUUUUUAUGUAAAUCUCAAGAUGAUCUUCGUGUUGAUUCACGUUGUUUAGAUUUUUGUCAUUUAUUUAAUAAAUGUUUAAAGAAAAACAGUGAAACACGUCGUCGUCAAUUAAAUAUUCGUACAUAUGCUGUUUAUCCAAUAAAUGAACGUUGUGGAUUAAUUGAAUGGUUACCUAAUUUAUGUACAUUUCGUUCAUUAGUAACAAAAUUUUAUCGACAACGUAGUUCAAAUUUUUCUGAAGUAUCCAAUCGAGAAAUAAAAGUUUAUGGCAAUAGUAAAGAUAAAACAAAAGAAACUCGUUAUAAUGAUUUCCUUAAAUUAUUGGCUUUUCAUCAACCAGCUGUAUUUCAUCAAUAUUUUUUUGCUGCCUAUCCUGAUCCAAAUCGUUGGUAUAUAAGUCGAAUGAAUUUUGUUCGCUCAACAGCUGUUAUGUCAAUGAUUGGUUAUAUAAUGGGUUUAGGUGAUCGACAUUGUGAAAAUAUUCUUAUUGAUACAUGUACAGGUGAAACAGUUCAUGUUGAUUUUAAUUGUUUAUUUAAUAAAGGCUUAACAUUUGAAAUUCCCGAAAAAGUUCCAUUUCGUUUAACACAUAAUAUUGUUGAUGGUAUGGGAACAUUAGGUGUUGAAGGUGUAUUUCGUAAAACAUGUGAAAUUAUUUUACAUUUAAUACGUAAUGAACGUGAAUUACUUGUAUCAGUGUUGAAAACAUUUAUUUAUGAUCCAUUAGUGGAAUGGAAAUCAGCAACAAGAGAAGAAGUUGCUAAUAUGAAAAAACAACAAAUUGAAGGUGGAGAAGUUGUUAAUAUGAAGGCUCAAACACAUGUGAGAAAUAUAUUAGAACGUGUACGAGGUUAUUGUACAGAUGAAUUAACAGGUAAACGUGUUGUAUUACCAUUAUCGGUUGAAGGACAAGUUGAUCAUUUAAUUCAACAAGCAACAAGUAAUGAAUUAUUAUGUCAGAUGUUCAUCGGUUGGGCGGCUUAUUUAUGA